CUUCUUUACCGUCUUCUUCUUUGAAGAGCUCUGUUCUGUAGUUUUGGCAAUGGAGUUUUAUUACCCAGGAAGUUAUUCACAAAAAUGGUUUCAAUUCUCAUGGUUCCGUACUUUCUUGUUCCUCUUCCUCUUCACCAUCUUCUCCACUACCUCAGUGUCUUCUUCUACAGCUCCAAAAAUCUCUUACAGUGUUCACUGUGCGUCUUUCAUCCCUGAGUCGACCUCAGCCGUUGCCGGCAACUCCACCUAUCCUUUUUUAAGAACGGCGAUCACUUACUUCUCCGGCGGUGAGAGAAUUCUUGGCCGAAUAUCACCUGAUCGGUUCCUUAACUUUUCCGACGAGACUCUCUCGUUUAGUACGAGAAUUAUGUAUAAAACCAACGUAAGUGGGGUUUACUGGAUUGUAGCGAACUUGAUCUUCCUAUCCUCGAACAUGUACUAUAUUCCAUCAAAUUCAAGGAAUGGUUUCUCUUACCAUCAUCGGAAUCGUUCGGGGGUCGACUCAUUGAGGUUUCGGCUAAAUGGGUUCUAUUCAGAAUCUUCUGGGAAGCUCUGCGCCACAGGAUCGCCCCUUCGGUACUUCAGAAAUGGUAAGUCUGUCAAACUUGAAGCUGUUCUUAAACUAAACUAUGCCAAAAAUCAAACCAUCUUUACUAGCUUGAUCGGUGGGAAAUUGAACAGUUUGAGUUCUCCUAAUGAUCCGAAUUACUUUGAUCCAAUUUCAAUACUCACGUUUUCCCAAACAACCCAGUACGAUUACACACUGGUUUCAAAGGAAUUCGAUGAAGGUUGUCCUGGUGGAAUUGAUAUUCCACAAACCCAAUCACUUAGUUUGCAACCAAGAAGAAUCUGUUCGAUCCUCUCAAGGCCAUAUAAUACUUUUUAUUUGGAGUACGUAAGGGACUGCAAGUCUCUAAAAGAUUGUACUCCUUUUGGUGGGGUUAUUGGGUUUUUGCCUCGGCUCUUAUCAUUGUACGCAAUUCAGUGUUCUGAGGAUGAACCAAAGUUUCGAUUUCUGAUUAGAUUUCCAGCAAGAAACUAUGAUGCUUAUUCCUAUUCCCAAUCUUUUCAUCCGAACACAACCUUGGUUGGGGAAGGAUCAUGGGAUGAGAAGAAGAAUCGACUGUGUAUUGUUGCUUGCCGAAUCUUAAAUCCCAUGGGUUCGAAGAGGAGUGCCCAAGUUGGAGAUUGUUCAAUCAGGUUGAGCUUGAGCUAUCCUGCAAUUUGGACAAUCAGAAAUAGUUCAACCAUUAUUGGACAAAUUUGGACGAACAAGACUGUAAAGGAUUCUGGGUACUUCGAAAGGAUCGUGUUUAGGGGUUCUGAAAACAUUAUAGAGAAGCUUCCAGGAUUGAAAUAUGAGUAUACUGAAACUGAAAGAGUAAGACCAUCAUGCCGAGUAGAGAAGGUUGUGAAGAAGAACAAGGGGGAAAGUUAUCCUGACGGGCAUUCUUAUGAUAUGAGGUUUGACAUGUCGGUUAAAGAUUCUAAAGGAAAAUCUACUUGGGGUUAUGCAGUCCCUAUUGCUGUGGGUGAUCAGUUCUAUGAGAGGGGAUUGCAGACCAUGUCUGCCUCCGCACCGGCAAAUGAGGGGUGGGCAAUCCCGGAAGAGGCCCAGGUAAUUCCAGAGGCAGUUGAGAAAAACAGCAGCUUUAGAAGCCCCUUGAAUAUCAGCUACAGAAUAAGCUUUACUCCUUUUGUGGGUGAUGGGUUCUCUUCAUUUAACUUAUCUUUGAGGCCCGAUGGUCCAGUGGAAAUUACUGCUGAAGGAGUCUAUGAUGGUGAAACAGGACGACUCUGCAUGGUAGGCUGCAGAAAGCUUGGUUCAUUCAUUCAGAACUCAACAAAUGAAGCUGUAGACUGUGAGAUUCUUCUGAGUAUUCAGUUCCCUCCACUUAAUUCCAGGAAUGGGGAUUCUAUCAAGGGCAAAAUCGAAAGCACCCGGAAAAAAACUGACCCUCUUUAUUUUGAGCACUUCAGCAUGUCCUCAACUUCUUUCUAUCUUGAACAAGCUCAACAAUCCAUAUGGAGGAUGGAUUUAGAGAUCACCAUGGUUUUGAUCUCUAAUACCCUUGCAUGCCUCUUUGUGAUAUUGCAGCUGUUUUAUGUGAAAAAGAACCCUGAUGUGCUUCCUUAUGUUUCACUUCUCAUGCUUGUAAUCCUUACCCUGGGGUACAUGAUCCCUCUUGUGCUAAACUUUGAAGCCCUCUUCUCCAAAAAUCCCAAUCGGCAAAAUGUAGAUUUCGGGAGUGGCGGAUGGCUUGAAGUUAACGAGGUGCUCGUAAGGGUGGUUACUAUGGUGGCCUUCCUCCUGCAGUUCCGCCUCCUCCAACUGGCGUGGAGUGCACAAUUCGGGGGUGGGAAUGAAAAGGGCCAGUGGAUUGCUGAAAUGAGGGCUCUGUUAGUCUCUUUACCAUUGUACAUUGUGGGAGGAUUGAUUGCCUUGUUUGUGAAUUUCAACCAGAACAAAUACAGCAGUACUGUUUAUGUUUUUUCCAAUGGUGUUUAUCAACAGCCCUCCCUUUGGAGGGACUUAAGGUCCUAUGGUGGUUUGGUCCUUGAUGGCUUCCUCUUCCCCCAGAUCCUUCUCAACAUCUUCAGUGGUUCAUCAGAAAGUGCUUUGUCCCGGUCAUUCUAUAUCGGAACCACCUUUGUUCGGUUGCUGCCCCAUGGAUAUGAUCUUUACAGGGCUCACAAUUAUGCUCAGCGCCAUUUUUAUGGAGCAUACAUUUAUGCAAAUCCUAGUGCAGAUUUCUACUCCGCUGCUUGGGAUGUGAUUAUACCUUGUGGAGGUAUACUGUUUUCGGUGAUCAUUUUCUUGCAGCAGAGAUUUGGUGGUCGUUGUGUUCUUCCCCGGAGAUUCAGAGGGUUGGCAGUGUAUGAGAAGGUGCCUGUAGUUGCCACUGAUCAGUGAUUGUUUACAUAAAUUAGCAUCUCAAGUUUAUGUUGUUUUAUGUUGUAUUUCCUAAAUUCUGUUGUAUGGACUUUUUGACUCAUGAGAUUGGUACUAAAAGCUUCCUCUUAAGGACCAUCGUCAAUCAGUUCAGAACUAACUUGCAGCAUUGAAGGUGUACACGGUAUGAAAUUAAU